AUGGCCAGUGUACCGGUGGCAGUCCACGAGAAAUUGGUUCUCGAGGUGACAGGUCUUCAAGAGAUCCUGGGUAGGACCCGAUGCAUGCUUGGUGUGAUGCAGAGCCGCCUUCAGGCGAUGGAGCGUGCCCAAACUCGGAGCGAGGCUCAGUUGGACUUGCUGAUUCGCUUGCAGCAAUUCGGGGCACUGACCUCGUCGUCGGCGCCAGCGCCUUAA